UCCGAUAUGACUUUACCAAAGAUCCGAGGAACAGUCAGUUGUUAUGUACCAGAUUAUUGUACGGGUAUUGAUUGUUGUGUGGAUGUAGGAAAGAUCGGUAAAUCGUUCCGUAUUUACGCCUUGUUGGAUGCUUGUAACUGGAAGCUGAGUAUUGGUAUUGAGAGACGAGCCUUUAAUUUCACCCUUAUAGAUUAUGAAUGGGGUGAGAAAAAGACUAUGUCAAUAUUACAAGUCCUCAAAAUGGAGUAUGUCAUUUAUGAUUUGCAGGCUGAGAAGAAAUAUAUGUUAAACAUGAACUUAAGUGUAUGUUUUGAGGAGACUGGAGCAUGUCUGGUGUCUAUACCAGUGUUUGAAAAUACCAAACUUCCUAAACUUGGAUGUGAUUGGACACUACCAAACCUUGAUUUCUCCUUAAGUGAUUUUAAAGCUCAGUAUGAUAUAAGUGGAGCUGUAGAAGGACUACUUCGUGACAAAAUGCUGGAAGCUCUGGGAAUGACACCAUACCUGAAGAUUCCAUCUUGUAACAGGACAGCAGCGCCAUUUGCUGGAUCCGUCAAUGGAUGGACAAACAAGUGCAAUUUGACCUUGCCAUUUGAGUUACAAGCAAUCCCUCCCGAUAAACCACUGACUUGUAGCCUAAUGGACACAUGUACUGGUGUUACAUGCUGUUUAUAUAUUGCUGACUUAGAUAUCUCUGUUAAUUUCUACAUAAGUUUGGAUGCUUGUAAUUAUGAGUUUUUAGCUGGAAUAGAGAAUUUACCAUACAACAAGAAAUUAUUGGAUUAUGAUUUUGGAACAGAGGAAAUUAUAAGUCUGUCAGAUGUUAUUCGCUUGACGUUCAAAAUUGAUGAUCUGAAGACAGAAAAGAUGUUUCUGUUAAGUGCUAAAGUAUCGUUAUGUCUAGAUAAUAAGGCGGCAUGCAUUUUAACAGUGGAGCUUUUGACAGAUAUACUGCUACCAAAACCUUUGUGUAAUCUGGAAACUAAAUUCACCUUACCUAACAUAUCAGCAUCUGACUUCUUGAAAAAUCAAGUAGUAGACACUGUUUUGGAUGCUAUGCCAGAGUUUGUGUCGGAUCUGUUUAUAGAAGCAACAGGAGUAAAACAAUACAUGGAAGAUCCAUCCUGUAGCAGGAGUAGUGCCCCUUAUGCUCCAUCAAUGGACGGAUGGAAUAAAGAUUGUCCUUUGAAUCUGACACUACCCAAGAUACCUGACGACACCCCUGUAACAUGCCACAUACCAGAUUAUUGCACAGGUGUAGAAUGCUGCGUCCAGAUUGACUAUAUUAAGAAGUCCUUCCACUUCUACAUACUGUUAGAUGGAUGCCAAUACAGAAUCAAGGCUGGAAUAGAUCAUUUUGGAGUGGAUGAAGCCUUCUUUUCAUUUGAUAGUGGUCUUCGGAAAAAUGUUAAGUUGGGCAACAUGAUGUUUUUAGACUUUCUGGUGAUUGAUCUACAAGCUGAAAAGAAAUUCAUAGUUAGUAUGAAUGCCAGUGUCUGUUUAGAAGAAGGAGAAGCGUGUGACAUAACCUUGAUGAUUGUCGAAGACCUCUAUCUUCCAAAAAUUGGUUGUGAUUGGAGCAUCAGUUUAAACAAUUUCUCAGCCUCCGAUUUCUUGGCCAGGCAAGGGCUUUCCCUGCAAAACCAAUUGACAGACAUUGUAGUUAAGCAGAUUUUAGAGAGACUUGGUAUAGCUGAAUACCUACAAGAUCCACAGUGUGACAUUAACAGUCAAAUGUACCAAUCACAGCCAGGCGAUCCUGAGGGUUGGAGAGAUGAAUGUAUUGGAGGAUUAGGUAAUUUAACAGCACUGAAUCCAUUAUCUCUCGCCACACCAAAGGGCCACAUAGCAUCACGCUGUACUUACAUCGACUUCUGUUUAUAUAUACCAUUACUGAGGAAGUCACUUCAUGCUUACUUUGACCUCAAUAUGUGUGAAAGGUCAUUCAAGAUUGGAAUAGAGAAGCUGGUCAUUGAUUUGGACUUCCUGACCUAUGCCUGGGGACAGAAAGACAAAAGAGAUUUGUUAGAUGCCUACAUAUUUGAUUUUCUAAUUGAUUACAAUGAAGAUGACAAGUAUUUCCGUUUAGACCUGAACAUGAGUAUGUACUUAGACAGAAGUGAACAGUAUGUUACAUUUGUACUCUUCAAGAGACAAGUUCUACCAAUUCCUGUCUGUGACUAUGAUACAAGUUAUGGAGUACCAGGAUUCAACUUAAAUAGCUGGUAUACUUAUCAUAACUUACCACAAGGAUCCUUACUUACACCUGCUAAGGCUUCAAGUUUACUGGAAUUCCUGAAAAUUGGUGAAAUGAUGUCUCCCACACAGUGUCAACCGUCAGGAGCUAAGUACAGUCCAUCUGUUGCUGGAUGGAAGAAUGUGUGUCCACUUGAUGUUCCCAUGGCAACACUCCAUUCCUUGUCAGUAGGAUCCAUUGCUGAAGUGUGUACAGCUGUUGAUUUCUGUUCUGAUGUUGAUUUCUUGGGACGUCCAUUCCACACAUACAUAGAUCUAGAUCCAUGUACGAACAUCGGCAAAAUUGGCAUUGAAAGAUUUAGUUUAAAGUUAGAUUUGACUGAUGAUAGCAUAUUUGGUAAUUAUCCUUUUUUAAAUGGCAAUUCAUCCAUUAUUACAGCUGAUUUCAAUGUGUUUGAUGGCAAAGAUGUGGAGAAGAAGUUUAAUUUGAAAGGAGUUGUAAAGUUGACAUACAAAAUAGAGAAUUUCCCAGUAGAGCGUCAAUACAAAGUCAACCUUAAAAUCCAGAUAUGUUUCAACAGUUCCUCAGUAUGUGGGAUAGAAAUGGAUGCCUUUAUGGAUGCUAUGAUACCAUGGAGACAAUGUGCCUGGGAUCUGCCAUAUUCUACACCAGGGUUUUCAUUGCCUAGUCACCUGACCAGUAUUGGUAAAACAUCUGGACAGACAUUCACAGCACAGGAAAAGACAGAUCUGUUUAACUUACUUGGAAUUAACUCCUAUGUCUUGGGAACAGCUUGUGCAUUGGCUGAUUAUUCACCAAUCAGUGCAGAGAGAUGGAAGAAAAAUUGUGCAGCAGACAUCACCUUGCCGACACUUCCUGCCAAUACAGCUUGUAACAUCCAUGAUAAGUGUACUGCUGUAGAUUUUAGUAUGUACUCUUGA